CUACGUAUCCGUCACGAUACGUUCCGGGAUUCUGGCUGUGUGGGGUUGACUAUAUACUGUCAUAAAUUCACAACAGAUGCAAUGUAUACAGCUUGACAAGUUAACUGGAAAGAUAGUCAAUAAAAUACAUCUUAUGUUGCUGUUAGAUAUAUGUUAGUGAGAGAUAUAGGUAGCUGUUCACCACGGGUUUAGAUUUAGCAUAGCUGCAAGCUAGCCAUCUGGCUAGAUAGUUAUCUGUUCAGUUUGCAAUAGCCUACUCGGAAGUUUUGGAGCUGUAUCAAUGGCGUGUACGUUGGAAAAGGUUCUUGGAGAUGCCCGCACCCUUCUGGAAAGACUAAAAGAGCACGACACGGCAGCAGAGGGACUAAUCGAGCAGUCAGGAGCGCUCAGCCAAAGGGUCCAGGGUAUGAGAGAAGUGGGAAACGCACUUCCAGAUAAGUACCCGGAGGAAAGUUCUGAAAUACAGGACUUGUCAAAGUACAAGCCCCACGUCCUUCUAAGUCAGGAAAAUACUCAAAUAAAGGAGCUACAGCAAGAGAAUAAAGAACUUUGGGUGUCUUUGGAGGAGCAUCAGUAUGCGUUGGAGUUGAUAAUGGGCCGAUACCGCAAGCAGAUGCUUCAGCUAAUGAUGGGAAAGAAGGAGCUUGACACAAAGCCUGUCCUUAAUCUUCAUGAGGACCAUGCCAAGGAAGUGCAAAGCCAACUGGAGCGAAUAUGUGAGAUGGGUCAGGUGAUGAGAAGAGCUGUUCAAGUGGAUGAUCAGCACUACUGCUCUGUCCGAGAAAGACUGGCCCAACUGGAGAUUGAAAACAAAGAGCUGCGUGACCUUCUGAGCAUCAGCAAGAUCUCAGUGAAGAGCAACAGUGAAGAUCCUAGCCAGCAGGCCACAGUGGUGAAGAGCCACAGUGAAGAUCCUAGCCAGCAGGCCACAGUGGUGAAGAGCCACAGUGAAGAUCCUAGCCAGCGGGCCACCGAGGUGAAGGGCCACAGUGAAGAUCCUAGCCAGCAGGCCACAGUGGUGAAGAGCCACAGUGAAAAUCCUAGCCAGCAGGCCACAGUGGUGAAGAGCCACAGUGAAAAUCCUAGCCAGCAGGCCACAGUGGUGAAGAGCCACAGUGAAAAUCCUAGCCAGCAGGCCACAGUGGUGAAGAGCCACAGUGAAAAUCCUAGCCAGCAGGCCACAGUGGUGAAGAGCCACAGUGAAAAUCCUAGCCAGCAGGCCACAGUGGUGAAGAGCCACAGUGAAAAUCCUAGCCAGCAGGCCACAGUGGUGAAGAGCCACAGUGAAAAUCCUAGCCAGCAGGCCACAGUGGUGAAGAGCCACAGUGAAAAUCCUAGCCAGCAGGCCACAGAGGACGAACCCCAACCUCAGGCAAACCAGACAAACGAUCAAAUGUAGAGUCCAUAGAGAAUCAUCAGAAUGUUUAGUGGAAAUACACUGUCCAUCAGGGCCAUGAGGCAAGAUUCAUUUCAUUUUCACCUCUGUCUGUUGUCUGUCCCAUUGUUUUAAAGAAGUUAGUCCUUAAUGUGUACUGUGAUUUAUUUGUCACAUUGUCAAAGAUAAAUCCAUAAAAGGCCAAAGCACUUCACAGACACAGAAGGACAGGAGAAGAAUAACAAGCCAACCGAUAGGUGUGUGAAUGUCCGAUUUGGGAUAUGGAAAUCACAUUUGGUUAUUGAAACAGGAUACCUUUGGUUUCAGUCUUCUGUUGAAAUUACUUAUCUUUAACAAAUACAAUUCCAAGUCCCCAUCAAAGGUCUACCAAAUGAGGUGUCAGUUGCUUGUUGUGUUAAUUGUUUUCAAUGUAGUUAUGAAUUGGAGGAUACAUUACCUGGAUUAGUUUGUAGUUAUUUCUUUGCUAUGAGCUUGCUGUUUCUAGUGUUCAUAGUCAAGUGUCCAUGCUUUUAUAUCCUAAAGGUUCUCCUAACAGCUGUAAUCUUCAUGUUCAAUCUCCAACCGUAAUUCCUCUUUUUACAAUCCCAUAUAGAAGCACAUUUUUAUCAAGGCAUGUAAUGUCAUCUCAGGUAAACUGUCUUAUAUUGGCUUGAAAGAUCGUGAGCAAAUGUAUUGGUUUAAUGUGUCAAAUAAACGCUUUUCAUUGAAGUUACAUUC